AUCAUCUUGGUUCCUGUUGGUAGAGGAGCACAGUGGAAGCAGAGAGAACAAUUGCAAUACUGCUGCUCGUCUAGAUAAGGGAUGAUGAUAGCUGCUUUAGAGAUAAGAGUGGAAUGGAGAGAAGUGGUCAAACUCUAGAUGUGCUCUGAAGUUUUGCAGAGAAGAAAACUGGAGCACACAGACAUCAAACCUUAGCGUAUCUGAGGGCCCAUAACACGUCAGGCAUGAGCUGGAUUGGAAGCCAGCUUUGUCUUACACUGAAGAAGGCGUGCUAGACUCAGUGCAAAAACCUGGAGAGCGGUCGAGGGAGAGGUGGGAAGGAUGUCUGGAACAGACCUGACAAAAAGUUUCUUGAAGAUUAGCUGGCCUCUGGAAGAUGUGGAAAAGACAACAGGCCCUGCCAGCAAAGAGGAGCAUCCAGCAGACAUUCCGAGCACAACUCAUGCCCUAGAAGAGUAGGCUCCAGGGGAAAGCAGUGAAACCAAUGGAUCCAGACCUAGAACUCUCAGAGGCUGAGAAUGGUGUGGAGGAGAAAAAGAAGGUCUGCAGGUCACCAGCAGCCCUGUCCCCUGCUCUGUCCACCGAGGCCGAGUCCGCAGACCAGAAAAGAAUCAUUUCCCUGCGGUCAAAAUCCAGUUUUGAUGGUGCCUCUUUAGCAAGUGAGAAGAACGACUGUAAAACAGAAAGCAAGAAUGACCCUAAGAUUGAAAGGAAAAAGUUCUCAUCUUCCAGCCAGGACAAGGCAAACAUGCACUUCCACAAGCUGUUUCUGGAUGUCCCCACUGAGGAACCCCUGAGGCAAAGUUUUACCUGUGCUCUACAGAAAGAAAUAUUAUACCAAGGGAAGCUCUUUGUAUCAGAAAACUGGAUUUGUUUUCAUUCCAAGGUCUUUGGAAAAGACACUAAGAUCUCUAUUCCGGCUUUCUCGGUAACCCUGAUAAAGAAAACCAAAACUGCCCUUCUGGUGCCAAAUGCCCUGAUUAUAGCGACAGUCACAGACAGGUACAUAUUUGUCUCCUUACUCUCCAGAGAUUCAACUUACAAACUACUAAAAUCUGUGUGUGGACACUUAGAAAAUACAAGCAUUGGCAACAGCCCCAAUCCAUCUUCUCUUGAAAACAGUUUCCAGGCAGACCGCCCUUCAUCUCUGCCUCUGGAUUUCAACGAUGAAUUCUCAGAUCUGGAUGGAGUGGUACGGCAAAGAAGGCAAGACAUGGAAGGAUACAGCAGUUCUGGAUCCCAGACUCCUGAAUCUGAGAACUCUCGAGAUUUCCAUGUGACAGAAUCCCAGACAGUUCUGAAUGUCUCCAAGGGAGAAGCAAAACCAACUCGGGCAGAUGCCCUUGUGAACAGAGUGCCUGAAGGAAAAGCCAAGAGUCUCCCUGGGCAUGGUCAGUCAGAAACCAUUGGAAUCAUACCCAGAGUAAAGUCUCAGAAAUGUCCGACUCUCCACCAUAUUCUUAUAUUCUAUGCAAUUGUUGUCUGUGCACUAAUCAUCUCGACCUUCUACAUGAGAUACAGAAUUAAUUCUCUCGAGGAGCGGCUGGGGUCACUAACCUCCAUUGUGGACACCCAUCAGACUGAACAGACAGCACCAUCCAGCCCGGGGUCACACGUACAGUUAAAUGUGGAGGUCCUGUGCCGAGAGCUUACAGCCAACAUAAUGAGACUAGAAAAGAUACAAAACAACUUACAAAAGCUACUUGAGAAUGGUGACUGACCAGCCAGAAGCUUGGACCAAUGCAAAACCUCGCACUUCCCUUGAAGUAGGUGCUCCCCCGGCAUUCUGGUGGAGCGCUCCCUGCUGGCCAGA